CCUACACUGCGUCUGCGCAGGCACAGCGACCACCCGCAGGCUUCUGUGUCUGUGGGGGGAUACCGGGGUGAUAUUGGAGGGGCGCGAAGGGAGCUCUGAUGCUUCACAACUGCACCUGGGAGGGGAGCCUUGAGGAGGCUGGAGCACCCGCCAGAAUCCUGGGGGCCAGAUCCCAGGAAGCAGUGACCUUCAGGGAUGUGGCCUUGGACUUCACCUGGGAGGAGUGGGGAUGCUUGAGUGCUGCUCAGAGGGAGCUCUACAGAGAUGUGAUGCUGGAGAACUACAGGAACCUGGUCUCCCUGGGGCUUCUUGGUCCCAAGCCAGAUCUGAUCUCCUGGUUGGAACAAGGGGAAGAGACUGAGAUCUGGGAUCCCCUGGGAUGCCUUGCCAGAUGCACCUGUCUGUGUGAAGGAGGGAGAUCCAGCCGGCAGUCAGGAUCCAGGGGAAGGAGCAACUCUGCUUAUCACCCGUGUACAGCCAUCUUCAAAGCGCUGGAUGGUGCAGCUUGGGAGUCUAAUCUUAAGAACCAGAAGUUACCUCGAAAUCAAGAAGCAGGAUCACCAGAGACAUUAAGGGAAAGACUCCCUGAAGAUGUCCUCCAGGGCUCCAUGUUUGUGGGAGAUCCUGCCCAAGAGAUUCCAUUAUGGAAGCAAAUGGGAAGUGUUCCAAAGGACACUCCAAGGAAAUUCCUCACCCAUGAAAGUGGUUUCAAGAAAUUGAUUUUCUUCCACAGUAAAACUCCCAAUGUGCAGAUAGGCCAUGGUUGUAUUGAUGUUGGGAAAAGUUUUGGUCAGAGCAUCUGUGGGCUCAAGAGAUCAUGGGAUAAUAAUGUAUUUAGGAAUCUCACAGCCCUUAUUCAACAACAGAGAAUAAAUAGGCAAGAGAAACCUUAUGAUUGUGAGAAAUUUGGGAAGACUUUCAGUCAGGAUGUACAUGUUAUUCAACCUAAGAGAAUUCCUGCUGGAGAGAAGCCUUACCAGGAGGGUGAGAAGACCAGGGAAAGGUCCCACCCUACUCAAGAUCAGAUAAUGCAUAAUGAAGACAAACCUUAUAAAUGUAAGGACUGUGAAAAGAUCUUUACCAGCCAUUCAUGCCUUAUUAAUCAUGAAAGAAUUCAUUCUGGAGACAAACUUUUUGAAUAUAAGGAAUGUAGGAAGGUGGUCAGGCAAAGUUCACCCCUUGUUCAACAUCAGAAAGUUCGUGGUGAAGAAAAACCUUAUAAAUGUAAGGAAUGUGGGAAGGCCUUCAGACACAACUCAGUUCUUGUUCAACAUCAGAACAUUCACUCUGGAGACAAACCUUAUCAGUGUAAGGAAUGUGGGACAGCCUUCAGCCAGAAGUCAUAUCUCACUAAACACCAGAGUAUUCAUACUGGAGAAAAACCCUAUCAAUGUAAGGAAUGUGGGGCAGCCUUUAGGCAAAGGUCAUAUCUCACUAAACAUCAGAGAAUUCACACUGGAGAGAAGCCUUAUCCAUGUAAGGAAUGUGGGACAGCCUUUAGCCAAAAGUCAUACCUUACUAAACAUCAAAAAAUUCACACUGGAGAGAGACCUUAUCCUUGUAAGGAAUGUGGAGCAGCUUUUAGGCAGAAGUCACAUCUCAAACAGCACCAGAGAAUUCAUGCUGGAGAGAAGCCUUACCCAUGUAAGGAAUGUGGGACUGCCUUUAGCCAGAGGUCAUACCUUACUAAACACCAGCGAAUUCACACUGGAGAGAAGCCUUAUUCAUGUAAUGAAUGUGGGAUAGCCUUCAGCCAGAGGUCAUACCUUACUAAACACCAGAGAAUUCACACUGGAGAAAGACCCUAUCAAUGUAAGGAGUGUGGGGCAGCAUUUAGGCAGAGGUCACACCUCAUUCAUCAUCAGAGAAUUCAUACUGGAGAGAAGCCUUAUAAAUGUAGGGAAUGUGGGAAGGCCUUUAGGCAGAACUCAGUCCUUGUCCAACACCAGAGCAUUCAUGCUGAAGAGAAACCUUAUCAGUGUAAGGGAUGUGGGAAGGCUUUCAAUUGCAAAUCACACCUGACUCGACACCAGAAAAUCCAUACUGGAGAGAAACCUUAUGAAUGUACUAGAUGUGGGAAAGCCUUUAGCCGGAGCCUAACCCUCAUUGCACAUCAGAACAUUCACACAGGAGAGAAGCCUUAUAAAUGUCAAGAGUGUGGAAAGGCCUUCAGACACAACUCAGGCCUUACCCAACACCAGGGUGUUCAUACUGAAGAGAAAUCAUACCAAUGUAAAGAUUGUGGGACUGUAUUCAGCCAGAAGUCAUACCUUGCUAUACAUCAGAGAAUUCACACUGGAGAGAAACCUUAUCAAUGUAAGGAAUGUGGGACAGCAUUUAGGCAGAGGUCGCAUCUCAUUCAACACCAAAGAAUUCAUACUGGAGAGAAACCUUAUAAAUGCAGGGAAUGUGGGAAGGCCUUCAGACAGAACUCUGUCUUUAUUCAACACCGAAAGGUUCACACUGAAGAGAAACCUUAUCAAUGCAAAGAAUGUGGGAAGUCCUUUAGGCAGAACUCAGUCCUUAUUCAACACCAGAGAAUUCAUACUGAAGAAAAACCUUUUCAAUGCAAGGAAUGUGGGAAAGUCUUCAGGCAGUACUCAGUCCUUGUUCACCACCAGAGAAUUCACACAGGAGAAAAGCCUUAUGAGUGUAUCAGAUGUGGGAAGGCCUUCAUACGGAGAUCAGACCUUAUUUCACAUCAGCUAAUUCACACUGGAGAAAAGCCAUAUAAAUGUAGAGAAUGUGGGAAAGCCUUCAGGCAGAACUCAGUUCUUAUUCAACAUCAAAGAAUUCACACGGGUGAAAAACCAUAUCAUUGUAAGGAAUGUGGGACAGCAUUUAGGAAGAGGUCAUAUCUCAUUCAACAUCAGAGAAUUCAUACUGGAGAGAAACCAUAUAAAUGUAAGGAAUGUGACAAGGUUUUCAGCAACUGUUCAGCCCUUUAUAACCAUGAAAAAAAUCAUAAAGGAGUGAGAUCCUAUGAAUGUAAGUAACAUGAAAGAGUAUUCAGAUAUAUUUCAGCCCUUAUUCACCAUAAAACAUUCUUACUGGAGACCCUAUGGAUGUGAAAUAUAUGGAAAAUCCUUAUGGACUCAAAUCUUCCACAUCAGAGAAUUCACACUAGAGAAAACCAUGGAUGACAUGACUGUAUGAAGGCCUUCAGCAGAGGAUUCUGGUGCUGGGGAAAGUCUUUGGUUUCCCAAAGGGAAGGUCUCAUUGAGCAUCGCCAAACUCUAAGAAUACAGUGACUGGGAAAAGUCUCUGCUCAGAGGUCUACCCUAUUUUUACCAUCAAUGAACUCAUCCUGGAGGGAAUUUCUACAAGUAUAAAAAAUGUGGGGAAAAUGUGAGUGAUCGUGUCUAAACCCCAUUCUUCUUCAUGGCCUCCAAACAGCAAGGAAUACUGCAAGUAAAGGAAAAGAAAAAUAAAGGAGGACACAUUCAUAGUGAGAACUUGAAAUACCAACAAAGAGACUGAAGAAAUGAGUAAAUAAAAAAGAGCUCAAUGGCA